GUCCACUCCGGAUACUGCCCCGUCCGACAUUGUCCGCCCUACAGAGUAUACCAAGUCGACUGCCGGUUCAGGGCCAAAGAAUUGUCGCUUUCCACCAAGUCUCGAGCAAACGGCAGCCGGUUGUCGAUGUCGCCAAUAGCCACAAACCCACGAACGAUGAACCUCUAGCGGAAUAUAUCCCAGCUAAAACUGGGAUAUUGUCCAUUGUCCCAAAAACAUGGGUACCAUACGGUGAACUCAUCCGCAUUGACAAACCUGCUGGCACCUAUUAUCUUUUUUUCCCAUGCCUUUUUUCUACGCUACUGGCGGCGCCAAUGGCAGAGCCUAUUGCUUCAUUCGCCUCUGUAGCUACUACCGCGGCCCUGUUCUUUAGUGGGGCAUUGAUUAUGCGUGGUGCUGGCUGCACUAUCAAUGAUCUCUGGGAUAGAAAUCUUGAUCCGCAAGUCAGGAGGACUCGAUUGCGGCCAAUUGCCCGUGGUGCAAUUACCCCAUUCAAGGGGAUUGUAUUCACUGGAUUUCAGCUACUUGCAGGGCUAGGCGUUCUGGUUCAAUUUCCCUUACCAUGCCUCGCCUAUGGCAUACCAAGUCUUGCCCUUGUCACGACAUAUCCGUUAGCAAAACGAGUCACCUAUUAUCCCCAAGCUGUCCUUGGCUUGGCCUUUUCUUGGGGAGCAAUCAUGGGCUUCCCUGCACUUGGCAUUGAUCUGCUUUCAAAUUCCGCCGCGCUCACAGCUGCAGCGUGUCUCUAUGCUUCGAAUAUGGCGUGGGUUGUGCUGUACGACAUGAUUUAUGCCCACAUGGACAUCAAGGAUGAUGCAAAUGCCGGUAUCAAAAGCAUCGCCCUGAAGCAUGAACAUCAGACCAAGCAAGUCUUGACUGGACUUGCCGUUACACAAGUGGCCUUGCUAGGCGCAGCCGGAAUGGCAGCCGGAGCAGGUCCUAUCUUCUUCCUUGGAAGCUGUGGCGGAGCUCUCGUUACUCUGGGAAUCAUGAUCAAGCGGGUGAAUCUCAAGAGCGUCAAGAACUGUUGGUGGUGGUUUGUCAACGGCUGCUGGAUAACAGGUGGGGUUGUCAGCAUCGGCAUGGCAGCUGACUAUAUCUCCAGGUCUCUUGAAGAGGUUGGAUCGAAAUCUGCGCCGGAUGUAAAAAAAUUAGACGCCUGAUUAGACAAUAAAACACACGUUGCCUGCACUUGGUUGAUCGAAUGUGAAUGUGAGAAGAUGCCCAAUCCGGUG